AUGCUUCUUUCGUUCCGCGUUGGUCGUGCAAGUAGACCAGGCGCAAGCUUCAUUCGUCUUGCACAAUAUCAAGCACAGAAAGCUCAAGGUACCCCGAUAUCUUUUGCGCAUUGGCGAAAACAUACCACAGAAUCAAAUGGAUCAGCACAAGAUUCUGCACGAGAGCCGGUGCAAGUGUCGGUCGAAGUAGAAGAUCAAUUGGAAGACCCAGAUCCACCUCGAUUCAAUGAGAUAGGAGUUCAACAAAUAAGUACUCAUAUAUACGAUCAACUAUUUAAGGACGUUCAAUCGCCUCCCUCUCCGGAGCUCGUCGAUCUUUCAAAAGAUCAUCUGCACAGGCAUGAAUUGCUUGGAAAGAACACAGACAAUACUCCUCCAAUAUCUUUCGAUCUUCCCGAGCUACAAGGUGAUACACUCGAUGAGCAUUUCUUUAAAUUGGGUGUAGAUGCUUCCGAACCAUACAUGACAUAUGCGAAGCAAUUUGUUAAGACAGAAACUCCCCCCCGGCCGCUAAAAUGGGCACUUCAAAGUGGAUGGACGAGAUACAGUGGCGACGGCACGCCGGAGACGAUACUGGCACCAGAUGAAGAAAUGUUAUGUUUUGAUACGGAAGUGAUGUGGAAACAGAGUUCGUUUGCUGUAAUGGCGUGUGCUGUUAGUCCUACAAAUUGGUAUUCUUGGUUAUCGCCGUGGCUGUUGGGGGAGACCGACAAUGAUCGUCAAUUGAUACCCCUCGGAGAUGCAAAGAAACCACGAAUUAUCGUGGGGCAUAAUAUUGGUUAUGAUCGAGCCAGGGUAGCUGAGGAAUACGACAUCAAUCAAUCGAAGAACUGUUUCUUGGAUACGAUGUCAUUACAUGUUGCUGUCAAUGGAAUGUGUUCACGUCAAAGACCGACUUGGAUGAAACAUCGAAAGGAUCGAGAAUCACGUGAAAAGAUCGCUGGAGAGACCGACAGCGCGGAAUUGGCAGCGUUGCUAGGACACAAGUCUAUUUCAGAAGAAGAAGAAGCAGAAUUAUGGAUAGGCAGAAGCUCCGUCAAUUCAUUAAGAGAUGUUGCAAAAUUCCACCUCAACGUCACAAUCGACAAAGCGGUAAGAGAUGCAUUUGGGGAAUGUGAUCGCGAAGGAAUCAUGGCAAAACUGGAUGAACUACUUCAUUAUUGUGCAGCGGAUGUUGACAUUACCCAUAGAGUUUACAAAAGAGUGUUUCCCAAUUUUGUCGACACGUGCCCGCAUCCAGUCAGCUUUGCAGCAUUGAGACAUCUCUCAUCGGUCAUACUUCCAAUUGAUAGAUCGUGGGAAUCUUAUCUCGCCAAUGCCGAAGCUACUUAUCACAAGUUGUCUGACGCGGUACAAGAACGACUUCUUGCUUUGAAAGAUAAAGCGUUAGAGAUUAAAGAUGAUCCUAAGUUAUGGAAGGAUGACCCUUGGCUAAAACAACUCGAUUGGACUAUUCAAGAGAUCAAAAUGGUGAAGGCAACGAAAACGGAACCAUCAAGACCAGCUAAAAGACAGAAGAUGCCUGGCAAGCCUCAAUGGUAUAAAGAUCUUUACCCGAAAGUUUCUGGUCCUAUUAACUUAUCAGUUCGUACUCGAAUUGCACCCUUGCUUCUACGUUUGGCUUGGGAUGGGUAUCCAUUAGUGUGGUCCCACAAAUAUGGCUGGACUUUUAGAGUUCCUAUCGAAGAGGCUCACAAUUAUAAACAGAAACAAAUGCAAGAAUGCAAUGCAUUCGAAGAAUCUGAUAUCACUCUGCGAGACGAUAGAGCCGCCGCUUACUUUAAAAUCCCGCACAAGGAUGGUCCAUUGGCUAAAUGUGGAAAUCCAAUGGCCAAAAGUUAUGUGCAAUACUUCGACAAAGGCAUUCUUUCGUCCGAAUUUUCAUAUGCAAAGGAAGCACUUGAGAUGAAUGCUUCUUGUUCUUAUUGGAUAAGUGCAAGACAUCGUAUACAGUCUCAAAUGACCGUCUAUGAGAAAGAUGGAGCAAAAGGGCCUGCAACAUCGCAAUCCGAAUUGGAAACGGGCUACAUUUUACCACAAAUCAUUCCCAUGGGGACCGUGACCCGAAGAGCAGUGGAGAACACAUGGCUCACAGCAAGUAAUGCCAAAGCGAAUCGCGUCGGUUCAGAACUAAAGUCAAUGAUAAAGGCUCCACCUGGGUAUUCCUUCGUUGGUGCAGAUGUGGAUUCUGAAGAGCUAUGGAUCGCUAGUCUUGUUGGAGAUGCCCAAUUCAAACUACAUGGAGGUAAUGCUGUCGGUUUCAUGACUUUAGAGGGUACCAAAGCAGCAGGUACGGAUCUCCAUUCUCGCACAGCUGGUAUCCUGGGUAUUACCCGUAAUGAUGCUAAGGUCUUCAACUAUGGUCGAAUUUAUGGAGCUGGUUUGAAGUUCGCCUCAACUCUACUUCGGCAAUUCAACCCUAGUCUCUCGGAAGCUGAAACCUCACACACAGCUGGAAACCUCUAUAAGGCUACCAAAGGUGUCAAAACCAAUAGAAAGAUUCUUUACCCCGCGCCUUUUUGGCGUGGUGGAACCGAAAGUUUUGUUUUCAACAAGUUAGAAGAAUUUGCAGAGCAAGAAAGGCCACGCACUCCGGUCCUAGGUGCAGGAAUAACAGAAGCCCUGAUGGCAUGUUUUGUUUCCAAAGGUGGUUUUAUGACAUCACGUAUCAAUUGGGCAAUUCAAUCCUCAGGUGUAGAUUAUUUGCAUCUUCUCAUCAUUUCCAUGGACUACAUCAUUCGUCGCUACAAUAUUAAUGCUCGUCUAGCCAUAACUGUUCAUGAUGAAAUCAGAUAUCUAGUUAAAGACGAAGAUAGAUAUCGUGCUGCAUUAGCAUUACAAGUAUCGAAUCUCUGGACGCGAGCCAUGUUUUCUCAACAAAUGGGAAUUAACGAUCUACCACAGUCCUGCGCCUAUUUUUCAGCGGUUGAUAUUGAUCACGUUUUAAGAAAAGAAGUCGAUAUGGAUUGUAUCACACCCUCACACAAAACUGCAAUACCUCAUGGCGAAUCAAUAGAUAUCCAACAACUUCUUCUCCAACCCUCCGCCCAUCUCGACCCAUCCAUCGUCCCCACAGACCCUCCAAACCUCUCCGACAUCGCCUACGAACCCCGCAUCCCAGUCAUGGAAUCCCUUCAAAAAUCUACAGACUUGAUGUUCCUCAGAGCUCAAAUCACUGCUGACGAUCAAGAACUCAAAGAUAUCAUAAAAGAGAAGAGAAAAUUAAUGGGAAAGGAUGCACCAACAAAACCGAAGGGUUCAGCUAAUUCCGUGCCGUAUCAUACUUAUGCUCAUCUAUUGGAAGAACCAAUAAUGGUUCGCGAUGCCUUGAGAGUGGGUAGGGCAUUUGAUGCUGCUAAGGGGAAGAAUUGGGCGUGGGAUGUUAAGGGGAAAGUAGCGGGGACGAGAAGUGGUGCGGGGGUUAGAUUCUAG